AUGGAUGGGACUUUUGCUUACGAUGAAUUCUUCAACGCUGCCCGAACUGCUGGCAUCUACGUUAUUGUGAGACCUGGGCCGUACAUCAAUGCAGAGGCGAGCGCUGGAGGGCUUCCCGGUUGGCGGAUGCAUGCUCCAGAAGGAUUAUACUGGAGAGUCAGUAACGGAAGUUACUACAACGAGAUAGAGCUUUACGUUCAGACAGUUGGAAAGAUGCUUGCCCCACAUCAGAUCACUGAAGGGGGCCCAAUCAUCAUGCUGCAGUUGGAAAACGAGCUAUCCAGUCCUGUAGUCGGCGGAGCCCCCUUUCCCCCGACAGGAUAUAUGGACUAUCUGAAAAGUAAAUUUGCAGAAACCGGUAUGGUGGUGCCUACAUUCCACAAUGACGUGUCACACGGUGGUAAAUGGGCACACGUUGCCCCUCCCGAUGUAAACGCAUACGAUAACUAUCCUCUAUCUUGUACCAGCAUUCCCAGUUGGAUGAAUCAAAAUGACUGGUCGCUAUAUCUGCAGUAUAGCAACAACACACCGCACAUGAUAGCUGAGUAUAUGGACGGUUUUUAUGAUGCACCUGACGGACCAGGCUACUCAGACUGCCCAGUGAUGUACGAUGCUGGCGUGACCCGCUUAUUCUACAAGGACCUCCAUGCGAUGUCGGUGAUGUCGCUCAAUCUGUACAUGAUCUAUGGUGGGACCAACUGGGGCCAUAUUGGAUGGGGCGGGGUUUACACCAGCUAUGACUACCGUGCAGCCAUUGCAGAAGAUCGGUCCAUCACCAGAGAGAAGUACAGCGAUAUCAAGCUUCAGUCUCAAUUCCUCAAAGUGUCUCCUGCCUUUCUCACCUCAAGGCUUACUACUCAUGCAACUUCAAUAUUCACGACCAGCUCGGAUGUCGUUGUGACUCAAACCAAGGAUGACAAGGGCAACACUACUUUCUGGACGUCAAGGCACGCGGUUCCCCGAAACACCGCUUCCGUUAAUUUCUCUCUGCAUAUCCCAACCAGUCUAGGAAAUUUUACCAUUCCUCAGCUUGGGGGCACGCUGAAACUUGAUGGAUACGAUUCCCGGAUCCACGUCAGUGAUUAUGCGAUUGGAACGCGCACAAUUCUGUAUUCUACAGCAGAGAUCCUGUCCUGGCAAAAGCUCGACUCCAAAUACGUAGUCCUGGUUUAUGGGGCUACUGUAGAAACGCACGAGACGGCCUUCAUCUCCUCUGGCAACGACACGUGUGUAACGAUAGCCGGAUCAACCAAUGACUGCCAAACCAAAUCAGGUACUGUGGUCGUGAACUAUAAUACCUCCGGGGUCUCCGUUGUAGCAAUUGGCGCCGAUGUCAUGUUGUACAUUUUAGAUCGGAAUACGGCUUAUACCACCUGGGCACCGGAAGUAUCCAGCAGCAAUGAUGUUACCUUCGUCAGAGGGCCAUACCUUGUGCGCAGUGCCGUGAUAAAUGGCAGCACGUUGAGCCUCAGAGGUGAUUUGAACUCUUCUACAGAGGUAGAAAUUAUCGCUCCACAAGCCAUCGACCAGGUUGAAUGGAAUGGCAAUUCGAUCCAGACGUCAAGAACAUCCCACGGCAGUUUGAGUGGUACACUCAGCUUCACCAACCCCACUAUUUCUCUGCCUAACCUGUCCCAGUUGACAUGGAGAAUUCCUGACGACUCCAAGUGGACUGUUGCCAACCACACUACCUCUGCAAAUAGGGCCCGGGAGUUGACUACUCAUGUCAGUCUAUAUACCGGAGAUUACGGCUAUCACGUUGGAGCUCAUCUUUUCCGAGGUCAUUUUGUUUCCAAUGGAACCGAGUCAGGAAUUUCUUUUCAGUUGAGUGGUGGUUACGAGUUUGGCUAUUCUGUCUGGCUCAAUGAUACUUUCUUGGGAGCAUCAGGUGGAAGCGCCUCAUCAAAUUCGGCACAGUUCACACUGAAGUUCCCACAUACGUUGAGUAAAGGCCUACAUUAUGUCCUCACUGUUCUCUCCGAAAACAUGGGAUACAACGAGAAUGAAUCUGGUGGCAUCACAUUUCCGCGCGGAAUUUUGAACUACAAUCUCGAACGCAGCAACGCAACCAUCGAGUGGAAAAUCACCAGAAACCUAGGUGGUGAAAAUUAUGCUGAUCUGAUUCGAGGCCCACUUAAUGAGGGAGGGUUUUAUGCGGAGAGAAUGGGCUGGCACCAACCGAAUCCACCAAGUCAAAGUUGGGCCACCAAAUCUCCAUUACAAGGGGUUGCGACACCCGGGGUGGAAAUCUUCACGACUUCUUUUGAUCUCAACCUACCUACUAGCUACGAUAUUCCGCUUGCAGUCUCGCUGCAAGGAACCACUGGUCUACGCGCUCAUCUUUAUAUCAAUGGGUAUAUGUUUGGGCGUUACGAACAAAGCAUCGGUCCACAGACACUUUUCCCUAUCCCGGAAGGCAUUAUAAACCACCAGGGCUCUAACACAAUUGCACCGGUCCACUGGAAUGUUUCUCCAAAUGGCGGAAGGUUGGCCACCCUUUCUCUCAGUGCUACAGGUGUGUAUCAAAGUGGUUACGGUGCAGUUGCGUCUGUUCCACAGCCCAGUUACACCGCCCGGUCCGAUGCUUUCUAG